UCGCUGGCGUCCCGGUCGGAGAGAGACAGCGGACACAGACUGAACAUUUCUGAAGAAGAUUUCAGAGACAAGCCGCAAUGGUUCGGAGUGAAAACGCGGUCCGGCCUGUUCUGCUGAGUCUUUUUUACUGAACGCCGGCGGAAAACGCGAGCUGAGCGGCCGCGGCUGAGCUGACAGGCUUCGACGUUGUGACCCAAAAGCUUGUGCUUCAGCCAUCAUCCCUGGCUCCACCGCUUUGAAAAUGGUGGAGCCCCAUGUUCACUGCAUUUCGUGUGUGAGCCGGCGGUGCAUGGUCAAGCCCGAGCCUGGCUUUUCUUGUGACCUCCUCGGUUGCCCACUGGUUUGCGGCGCCGUUUUCCAUGGCUGUAAGGUGGAUGAGCAUCAGCUACUGUGUCCGUUAGAGAGGGUUCCGUGCCUCAACCACAGCAUUGGCUGCCCUUUCAUGCUGGCCCGGGGCAAGAUGGCCGAGCACCUUGAGGUAUGUCCUGCUGGAGUGGUUUGUUGCACAAUGGAGUGGAAUAGGUGGCCUGUGAACGACGAGGAUUACCGCUCAUAUGAAAGAUUGAGUCGAGAUGCGGAUGAGGAAGAGCAGCUAGACAUGGCUCUUGCUUUGCAGGACCAGCGCACCAUGCUGGCCUCACUUAAACUCGUCUCUCUAGCACCUACUAGUGGCCCUGAGAAAAAGGCACAGCCUGUGGAGAACUUUGAAAAACCUAAUUUACUGACAGACAGUCCAGUUCCCACUCCACCAGCCGAGCGGCCUGCGGAUGAGGCGUCUGCGGCAUGCUGCUCAAAGGACAAAAUCAGCAAUGGAAUUAACGGAUUGAACGAGGAACGUUAUGGUGAGCUUUACCAAACCACAGUAGAGACAACCAAAAGCCUAGCUGCAGCCCUCAAUGUCCUAAUCCACCUCAAUGCCUCCGAUACACAGUGUUCCACCACAAGUGUGUCAGCAGCACAGUCAGAAUUAAAUGGAGAGUUACAUAAAUCACUUGUUAUGAAAGAAGAUGCCGGGUCCAACUGUGAUAAAAUAGCAAAUGGGGUUAGUGGUUUGAAUGAAGAGUUGCAGCCUCAGCGACAUCAAACCUUGAUGGAGCUGGGCAGAAGCUUGGCCUCUGCCCUUGGUGCGCUGGGGGAUGCCGUCAAAGGCACUGAACCAAUCAGUAGCUCCAAAGUCAACAAGACGAACAGUGAGAUCAACCAGCCAGAAACUGUAGAGUCAGCAGACAUUGAAAUGGAGGAUGCUACGUCUGAAGCGAAGGCCAUGUUUGGGGCAGUUGGUGGAAUUGAUGAUGGAGGCAUUAGUGAAGAGCAUUCUCAAGAGUCUUCAGGGUAUUUGCUCAGGCUGGAUGAUGCAGAUGAGCGGAGCUUGUGUAACAACUGUCACAAUGCCGUAGCAGCUACAGUGGAAUUACAGGAGAAUAUCAUGGAAGCGGCUGAGGUGGACCAUGAGUGCCCGGAGGCCAGUGGUUCGCUGGAGUUUGUUGGUCCAUUAAUUCCCCACAGAGCACAGGUGAGAUAUGAUCUAGCCCCUGUUGCUAUGCAGGAAGCAUCAGGAUCCCAGGUUCCGUUACUGCAGCCACCUGUCCAUGCCCAGGCAUUGGUUAUUCCCAGGGACUUUGCACUACCUUCCAUGGCAUUAGAUUUUGAAGACAGGGCUUUUGAGAGGAAACUCCAAAACCUUCAGUUGCUGCGUAACUUUAUGCCGCUCGCCCUUAACGGACGGAGGAGUUGUCCUGUGGACAGCUACCCACACAGGUAUCCUCGCUGCAAAAUGGAAGACAAAUCUGUAGACACAUCCGACCUGGAGCAGGAGCCUCGGGAUGACCCCAUGGGGCUCGGAGAGAUUGAUUUCAUAGCCGCUGCCCUGCUUUUCUGCUUGGAGGAGUCACCCCGGGCCCGGAGGAUAUCAGACACUGUCUACGCUUUUGGCGGUUCGCGGGUCGAUUUCGGUACCCAGACAUUCAGCUUCCCUGCUGCGAUCUUGGCCACCAGCACUAUGGUCGGGGAGGUGGCAUCAGCCUCUGCAUGUGACCGAGCUGCACCCCGCCUCUCGCAGCCCAGCCCCUUCUGCACUCUGCGGCUGGACCUGACGCUGGAGCAGCUGGUGCCCCGACCCAGCUGGGCCCCGCGUGAAGGCUCCAUGUUCACCUUUGAAUGUGGCCAGCUCUUCCGCCGGGAAGAGUUCCUCUCACACUUCCGCAACGUCCAUGGAGACAUCCAUUCGGGCCUGAAUGGCUGGAUGGAGCACCGCUGCCCGCUGGCCUACUAUGGCUGCACCUACUCACAACGCAGGUUCUGCCCUUCCACUCAUGGGUCAAGGGUUGUUCACAACCGCCACCUCAGGUCCUUUGGGGUGCAGCCUGUGAUGGAUGUGGUGGUGGAGCCUGGGUGCGACCGCCUGAGUGGAUUGCCCUUUGAGAUUCUCCAGCAUGUAGCACGGUUCCUGGAUGGCUUCAGCCUCUGCCAGCUGUCCAUGGUGUCCCGCACCAUGAGGGAUGUUUGUGCUAGUCUCUUGCAGACACGGGGCAUGGUGGUGGUACAGUGGGAGAAGAGGCAGUACCCAGACGGAAGAAGAACCUGGCAGAUAAAAGACAAGGUGUGGCGGUUCAGUACAGCCUUCAGUCCGGUGACUAGGUGGGAAUUUGCGGACAUUUCCAGCAUGGCGGACCACCUGAAGCACUGCCUGUAUAAUGAGGUCAACCGGCAGGUGGAGGCGGUGCCACUGCCCUGCAUGUGCACAACCAGGGAGCUCACCCGGGAUGGACGGUCGCUACGUUCGGUCCUUAAACCAGUAUUAUAACAAAUGAAACACUUCACACCAGAACGCAAGAGCUAAAACACUACCUUACCUAACCUCUUUAAUCUGUACUAUCUAUCACUGUGUACAUAAGACGAAAUAUUUUUU